UUUGUUUACCAAAGACAAUAAUGAUACAAAUUUGACGCGCUUUAAUAUUAAUUUCACGACGCACGUGUUAAUUGCCCUCUACUCACUAGCUACACAGUAUAAAUACGCUGUUGAUCCUCGAUGGGUUUGCAUUGCACCUCGCUUGAUUUUUAUCAUUAGCCAGCGAUCAGUGAAGCGCGCCAUGGAGCUGGUCGGCGGCGACGUCGACGUCCCCGGCUCCGGCUUCGGCUGGGCCGGGGUGUGGUCCACGGUGGCGGGCUUGCUCUUCCUGUGGUCCAUGGUGCAGGAGCACCUUCCCUUCGAACUCGAGGAGCACGUCGCCGCCCUCGCGCGCGGCCUCCUCUCCCGCGUCACCCCCUACGUCACCAUCACCAUCGACGAGCGCGUCGCCGACUCCUUCGGCCGCAGCGAGGCGUAUGUCGCCGCCGACGCAUACCUCAGCGCCACCAGCACCGCCCGCGCCCGCAGGCUCCGCGCCGAGCUCCCCGACGGCAGCGACCGCGUCAGACUCGCCGUCGACGACCACGAGGAGGUCGUCGACGACUUCCGUGGCGCCAAGCUCUGGUGGCGCAAGACCAAGACGCUACGCCGCAGAAACGUCAUCGCCUGGAACCCGGGCGAGGAGGAGCGCCGCGCGUACCGCCUCACCUUCCACUGCCGCCACCGCGCACUCGUCGAGGCCGCAUACCUGCCGCACGUCCUCGCCGAGGGACACGCCGUCACCGUCCGGAACCGCCAGCGCCGCCUCUUCACCAACAGCACCAGCGCCGACUGGGCCUCCGGCGAGGACGGCCCACGCGUCUGGAGCCACGUCAAGCUGGAGCACCCUUCCACGUUCGCCACGCUCGCCAUGGACCCAGCCAAGAAGCAGGAGAUCGUCGACGACCUGGAGAUGUUCCGCGACAGCAAGGAGUACUACGCGUCGGUGGGUAAGGCGUGGAAGCGCGGGUACCUGCUGUUCGGGCCUCCCGGGACCGGCAAGUCCACCAUGAUCGCGGCGAUGGCCAACUUCCUCGACUACGACGUCUACGACCUGGAGCUGACGGCGGUGAAGAACAACACCGAGCUGCGGAAGCUGUUCAUCGAGACGACGGGCAAGUCCAUCAUCGUCAUCGAGGACAUCGACUGCUCGAUCGACCUCACCGGCAAGCGUAAGAAGAAGAAGGACAAGAAGAAGAAGAAGAAGAUGCCACCGAUGCAGGGCGAGGAGGACGAUGACCGGAAGGUGACUCUGUCGGGGCUGCUCAACUUCAUCGACGGGCUGUGGUCGGCGUGCGGCGGCGAGCGCAUCAUCAUCUUCACGACCAACCACAAGGAGAAGCUGGACCCGGCGUUGAUCCGGAGGGGAAGGAUGGACAUGCACAUCGAGAUGUCCUACUGCCGCUUCGAGGGAUUCAAGGUGUUAGCUAAAAAUUACCUGGGCGUGGCGGAGCACGAGCUGUUCGGCGAGAUACGGCGGCUGCUGGAGGAGGUGGACAUGUCACCGGCCGACGUGGCGGAGAACCUGAUGCCCCGGUCGAAGAAGAAGGACGUGGACGCCCGCCUUGGGAAGCUUGUGAAGGCGCUCAAGAAGGCCAAGGAGGACGAGGAAGAGGAGGGAACUGAUACUGAUGACGACGAGGACGAGGACAGCACUAGUAGCGAUGAUGAAGACUCUGGCGAGGAGGAGGAACCGAAGAAGAAGUCGGCGAGAAGGAGGAAGAGGAUAAUAAUAAAAAGGGAUAAGUAGAAGCUGAAUGCGUUGCGAGUACAUGGACAUUGACUGAUACUGCGAUUCAUUCUUAGAUACUGGAACUCGUUUUAGGAUUUCCUUGAACACAUGAAUAUUUGGUAGUCAUACCUCGAUUAUGUAGGUUGAUGACUAAAUCUCGUUAAAAAAUAUUGUAUCUUGGUGUUAUUGAUCUUAUGUUUGGUUUUACAAUCUUA